CAUCGGUCGAUGUAUUCAGUGGACACUGACUUGGAGACUGGCUGAGUUCCGGCACCUGACAUACGUUGGUCUGACUCAGUUGUUGACGGUUGAGCCGUCCAGAGGGGAGGGAAGGGGUGUCUCUGGUGACAUGACCGGACGCGAGGGGGGAGGGUGGAGGGGAGGGGGUACAGAGGGUGUCAUGUGUCGUCAGUCUUCAGUCGGGUGUCUGGGCUGCGGCGAGUGGCACGGUGGACCGUGGUGGGGACGCUGCGCUCUUGCACGACAGCAAGGGUGGAUAGGGAGAGCCAUGGAGGUUCGUGUGGAGAGUGAGAACGUGCGAUACACCCCGCAGUUCAUAGAGGCGAAAUAUCAAUACCACACCACGAAAACGUCGACAGAAGGGAAUGUCAUCAAGGUGCGACCAGUGACUGUCGACUGUGAAUUCCGAACAACUCGAGCCCGGCCCCGACUCGGUGUGAUGCUGGUCGGGUGGGGUGGGAACAACGGCACCACUGUCACUGCCGCCGUGCUAGCGAACCGUCUGGGCCUCAGCUGGAGAACACGUACCGGAGAACAGAAGGCCAACUACUACGGAUCGUUGACGCAGUCUUCCACUGUGGACCUGGGAGGGGGGCAGCACGCACCCCUGAACAGCCUGCUGCCCAUGGUCCACCCCAACGAUCUGCUGUUGGACGGCUGGGACAUUUCGUCCGCACCACUCUCCGAGGCUAUGGAGCGAGCACAGGUACUGGAUCCCGCUCUCCAAGAUCAGCUGAAGCCGCACAUGGCUGGAAUGAGACCCCGUCCGGCGCUGUAUGAUCCGGAGUUUAUCGCAGCCAAUCAGGCCGACCGGGCUGACAACGUCAUCAAGGGAACCCUUCAGGAGCAGGUGGACCAGCUCCGGGUGGAUAUACGUGACUUCCGGUCCACUUCCGGUGCCGAGCGAGUCAUCGUUCUCUGGACUGCCAACACCGAACGAUUCGCUGAAAUUCGUGCCGGUCUCAACACUACGGAGGAGGAGCUACUGCAGGCUAUUGCGAAUGCUGGGGAUAUCAGUAAAGGCGAUGGCGUCAACGGGGGUGUAGUAAAUGGUGGCGUAGAAAAUGGUGAUGUGCCCAACGGCAUCGACCAAACCAUCGUCAACAACGUAGGCAGCAACGUAGGCAGCAACAGUGACAAUGUUAUUGGCAGCAUCACCAAUGGGUUUGGAAAUGGUGACGCGAAGAACGGCAGCAGCGGGGCAAGCAAUGGCAUCACCACCAGUGUCACCAGCAGCAGCGGAGGCACUAGCAGCAGAGGAGGGGGUCUGCUCGCGCCCAGCACUCUGUACGGUGUCGCCGCCAUGCUGGAAGGAUGUGCGUUCAUUAACGGCUCCCCACAAAACAGCCUGGUACCCGGACUUAGACAAAUGGCAGAGCGAAGGGGGCUCUUCCUGGCCGGCGAUGACUUCAAGUCCGGACAGACUAAGGUGAAGUCCGUUCUGGUGGAUUUUCUCGUCUCAGCCGGCAUCAAACCGGUCUCCAUUGUCAGCUACAAUCACCUGGGGAACAACGACGGACGCAACCUCUCCGCGCCGCAGCAGUUCAGGAGCAAGGAGAUUUCCAAAUCGGGCGUCGUUGAAGACAUGGUCGCCUCCAACUCUAUCCUGUUCCCAGACGGACGGGGACCGGAUCACUGUAUUGUUAUUCAGUAUGUGCCCUACGUGGGCGACUCCAAACGCGCAAUGGACGAGUACACGUCAGAGAUUAUGUGCGGCGGACACAACACCAUGGUGCUCCAUAACACGUGUGAAGACUCCCUGCUGGCUGCACCACUGAUACUGGAUCUGGUCAUCCUGACGGAGCUGUUCCAGAGGAUCCAGUUCAGAUGCUGCGCGGAGGAGGAUUUCCACGGCCUCCACAGCGUGCUGUCCAUUCUCGGCUACCUCCUCAAAGCGCCGGCAGUGCCCUCCGGCGCCCCCGUUAUAAACGCUCUCUCCAAGCAGCGUGCUGCCAUCGAGAACAUUCUACGCGCGUGCGUAGGUCUACAGCCAGUUAGUGACAUAGGCUUGGAGUUUAAACUCCCUGAGAGUUAUCGUGAAGCGUGGCGAAAGCGUGGAGUGGCCACGGAGGUGGCGGGUGGUCACGUGACCGGCGACCGAGUCGUGAAGCAAAUGACGUCAGAAGGGGUGCGGAAUGGUACUGGAAAUGUUCAGGGCAUGAAUGGACGUGGCUAGAUGGAGGAGUGUAGAUUUGUCACGUGACCAGAACGUGACUGAGCGAGAAAUGAACCGAGGCAGUGCUGAUUGGGCACGUGACCGCCGAGAAAAGCCUUAGGGCUGCGCCGGUGUUAUGGUGAGACUAGUGCUAGGUUCCACUAUAGGCUAAUAGGUGGCGCUGAUGUAGUUACAGGUGUCGCUAGGGAUGUGUAAUUGUACUGAGAAUAUCGGUUUACCUGCGGACCACCCUGUAUGAUAAACAACAUCGAAUACACAUAAAUCGCUA